UGAAGACUUCAUUUCAUCUCCAUCUCAACUUCACCUAAACAUCCAUUCGAUCUUUUUCUCUCUUCUAAAACGUCUACAUUCAUGUUGUGUGCUAAAUUAAUGCUAUGUCAUAGCAUUACUGGCUUUGGUACCUGCGCUGCUUUGAGAUCACAUCUUAGCUGGGUACCUAGUAGGUAUCCGUCUUAGGUUGAUCUCGUAUCUUGCUGCCUUCGUUACGCCGCACACCCUGUAUAUAAGAGGUUAUAUACAUCAAGUACGUUGAUGCACAGCACCCAUACUUUUACUAUCUUGUCGGUUCCACGUUGCUAGCAUCUUCAAUCGCCGGUCGACGAAGCCAAGCUAGUCAAUUCUAGCCGCGUACCCUCAAUUAUUUUGCAAUUGAUGAUAAACAAGCCGUCGCAGCGGUGGAGGAGCUGAGGCAGCGAGCGCGUACAAAGCAAUUGUCCAUCCCGUUCUGUAAAGUUUUCGAGAGUUAUAUCAACAAUUAUUUAACAAUUUCUAUUGGGCCCUCGAUAGGAAAUCGUUAAUCGCUAUUACUCUGCUACUUUGUCCGAAGGGCCAUACUACCUUAACAAUGAACGUGAUUCGCCGCUCUCGCAACACCAAAACGGACCCUAUCACGGUGUCGCAGUCUGAAUCUACCUCUGAACUUCGGCCGAAGAGGUCGUCGGCUUUUGAGAACAUGCCGCCUGAAAUUCAUCUACUUAUUAGUCAGCAACUUUCGUAUCCCGAUGCGCUGUCGCUCAAACAUACGAACAGCUACUUCUACUAUCUGGUCGAUACUGGAUUAAAGCUCAAAGUGGAUUGGUUGAUCGAACGUCGGAGCUUACAUCUGGAAUGUCCGAACGAUCGCCAAUGUGACCUUGGUAGUGAUAUAAAAUUCUGUCGUGGCAGCGUAAGGUUGCUCAUGCAACGACGUCGUGAACAUAUGGAAUGCGAAUCGAGACCUGGCUUAGGAUGUCUAGUUUAUGGAACGAAGAAGUGCGCGCAUCAGCGGCUGCUCAAAGUACGAGUCAAAAGAUGGCUCAGAUCUCGUCUUACUAUCGAGCUAUGGUGGAUUCUUCUUGCGUUGGUUCCUGUACUCUUAGGGUGUCUUUGGGCGACCGAAUUCAUGAAAUGGCAGGCGGAAGGAUAAGCUACGUUACUAUUCUCAUUUACUACCUAUCUAGCCACUAGCUAAUUUGACUAGCCCCUGAGGAGUCAUCAACGUCCUUUUGUAUAUGAUAUGUGAAUAGUACAGCUAGAGGGUAUUUGGUGUUGACAAACUGACAGUAUACAGCCAUUCUACGUAUAUAUUCCUAUUCACAGCCUAGAGAAGAUCGUUUCCUUUCUAUUAGCAUAUUCAACCUAAACAUAUCAUCUUUGUAGGAUCUGGGAAUUGUUUCAAGUAGUUAGGUAUAUACUUUGAUAGAUUCAAGAUGGGUCGAAAAUGGCAAGGUCUCGAGGCUAACAUGAGACUGUUUCCUAUACUAAGAAAUCGAAUGAAAUCCAAGGUCUGAU